AUGAUGCAUUCAAUCCUUUCUCUUGCCGCGUUUCUAGGCGUGGGCGCACUCGCCCACCCAUCCGGCCUUUGGUGGGGCACCGAUCUUUGCUAUCCCAGCCCCGAAAACACUGACAACCAGUGCUCGCCGGCCCAGCAGUCUGGGUUUGACUGGUCGGAUCUGGCCGAAGGGGAUGACUGGGCCUUUGAGGGGUUCAAGUUCGUUGGGUUCUCACCCAAGGAUGCUUGUGGAUCUGCAGGGGGCAAGUGCAUUGAGGGAAAGCUUUCCCGAGAUGAUAGCUACAUGCUGAAAGUGGACGCCGCUGAUGCGCCGUUUUCCGUGAGCGACUUCCGUCUUUCAACCUCCCGCAACACGGACGUUCUGCUUCGGUAUGAUAUGCCGGAUGACGGAUCUUCUUCCUUCUGUCAUCAGGUUGUCAGGAGCUCGCCUGAGGGAGUUGAUGUGGCCAACACCCAGUGUGGCGGUGCAGUCGCGGUCAAUUUCAUGCUGCCAGAAGAGAGCAAGUUCGGGGAAUGCGAUCUCAACAUUCAUCAGAUCAACUUUGACUGCUCGACUGGGACCAAGCCCCCGGUUUCCCCGCCAGCGAGUGAAUCGCAUUCGGUUGAUCACUCCAGCACUCCGGUUGUCACCCCUCCACCUUUCACCAGCCCAUCCCCGCCGAUGACCACUUCGACGGUGUGGACGACUGCCGAGAUUACCGUGACCAACUGUCCCCCAACAGUUACCGAUUGCCCCUCCCACUCGACCGUGGUUUUGACGUCGACAUAUUCUCUUUCGACUACUGUCUGUCCAUCCAAGCCAGUCCACUCUCCCUCGAGCCCAGUCAGCUCGUCCGAUGUCACCAGUCCAUCCGUGGUCCCGGCCCCAUGCCCCGAAGUGGUCCCUAAGUGCAUUAAUACUUGGCUCUCCAUUCCCAAGUGUGACUCGAACAGCGAUGCCGCGUGCUUCUGCCCAUCGUCCGAGUUCACCGCAAAGGUCGAUUCUUGUAUCCAUGCAUGGGGCAGUUCUGAGGAUGAAACCAACCGUGCACUUUCUUACUUCGCCGGCAUCUGCGCUCCUUAUGUUCCAAAGAACCCUGCUAUUAUUGAUAUUGUCCCGAGUGGCACCCCUCCAGCCCCUGUUCAUGCGCCGACGACAUUCUCCAAAGCCACUACUGGUGAGAUUCGAGCGACCACCGCGGCCCCAAUGACCCCCUGCACGACCAUCUCCUGGGCUUCGCAGACAGCGACUGUCCCGCAAGUUAGUUUCGACACGGUCACUUCGGGAUCCAGCACAAGCGUAUGCUUGGUGGCAAAGGGAACGGCGACACCUGCCGUGACUCACCAUACUACACACCCGCCAACCACUACAGCGACGACCACUUCUUGCAAAACCCACACAGGAUCUUGGACCACAACCACUACCAAGCCCACUCCAACCUAUGUUCCCUCUAAUGUGGCAUCUGGAAUGCUCUCACCCAGUGUGUGGGCAUUGCUGGUCGCUGGUCUAGCCUUCUAUCUUUCCUAG